GAGGAGAAGUUGGAUGGCAGUAAACAUUUCAAAUAUAAUCUGUAACCAUCAACAAUGUCUGGUGGAUAUUGCUGAAGUCAGCAUGCAUAUAUGCACACACCCUCAGAACUUUAGAAAUCUGUGGCAAUGUGUUAUAUGAUAAAACUGUACAUUUUAAAGUAGCCAUUUAUUGUCUCCAUCAAGGAGUAUCUGUGUAAAUACUGUUCAUUCAGAUUUCUUUCAGAUCAUUGGUUAAUCUUGGCAAAGGAACAUGUUUCAUUAACAGGAAUAGGGAUAUAAACAACUUUGUCCAAAACAUUUUAGAGAAGUAAGUUUGUUUGCAUGUAUGGAAAACCAAUCUGGGAUCUGUAAUUUCUGCUCAAGGGACAGGGUACCAACACUGCACAUUGAAUCUUUAUUUUUGUUCAGUGUACAUGGGCACUUUGGAUGCAAAUGAACAAACCUUGUGAUGCAGAACUAAUGGCGUAACUUGUAGGGAAGGGGGACAUUUGUGACAAAGUUUUAUUGAACCUUUACGCUUGCCUGGUUAAUUUGGGUCAGAGCUGGUGACAGUUUGCAAGGGCCAAUACAGUGGAAAUCAGACUGACUCUUUUAACUGUAUGUCUUUUAUUUUGUAUGUGUCCAAAUGAACCCAACGACUACCCAUGAUUUAGACGGAGAAACAUUAAUGUUGUCACUUUCUCCCUGGUGUUUUUGAACUGAUGUCCUUGGUGAUCUCUGGGAUGAAAUCCAUAAUGGACACAAAUGAGGACUUUGCAUUUCUUAAAAGCAUGAUCAUGGAAAGAAGAUUACACCUACUGGUGAAGAUUCAUGCGGUGUUGAGGCGGUUUGGGAGAAAGAAUCCUGUCCCGGUCAGGGAUAAUGCAGAGAGUUUGGCCUGUAACAUGUCCGAGGAGCUGUGCAGUGAGCUGGCCAGUGCUGACUUUUCAGAGUUGAUCUGCCUGCUCUCCAAGCCACAUGUGAAGGGCCUUCUUUCCGUUCAUGACACGGUGGCGAGGAAGGGUUACGACCCCGAGCUCCCGCCCCUGCCCGAUGACACGGUUGGUGAAGAUUCUGUGAGGAUUGUAAGCCUGAUGAAAAGCCAGGAACCACUGGGAGCCACCUUGAAGAGGGAUGGAUCCUCUGGGGCUGUCAUCGUAGCGAGGGUUAUGAAGGGAGGCGCUGCGGACGCGACCGGCCUCAUCCAUGAGGGCGACGAGUUAAGGGAGGUCAACGGAGUCCCGGUGGAGAAUAGAAAUCCAGAGGAGAUCCCACCUAUUCUGGCUCAGUCGCAGGGAGUGGUGACCUUCACGGUGAUACCGGCGGCCGUCUCCACGGAAGAGCUGUCGGCCAAUGAGUCCGAGUUAUUCGUGAGGACGCUCUUCGACUAUGACCCUGAGCAGGACCCGGCCAUCCCCUGCAGACAAGCGGGUCUCCGGUUUAAGAGGGGGGACAUCCUGCAGAUCGUCAGCCACAGGGAUGAUACCUGGUGGCAGGCCCGUCACUAUGGUGACCGCAACCCUCGAGCAGGACUGAUCCCCUCCAGGCAACUUCAGGAGAGGAGAUUUGCUCUCCAGCGGCCCAAAGCCUUAUUCAAGUCUCAGAGUGUCCAAAAACAACACACAGAGGAAGAGGAGGAAGAGGACGCAGACUAUGGUGCCAUUACUGGAGUACACAUAGCUGGUCUAAGGAGGAGUUUCCGACUGGGCAGGAGGGGCAGCGGGAGCGGGAGCGUUGAGGAGAACCCCCCGGAGUCAAGAUGGAGGAGAAAGGAGAUCGGGGGAGCAUGCCAGGCACCCACCUAUCUGGAGGUGGCACCGUACUGCCGGGAUGCGACGCAGGACCAUCGGCCGGUGCUGAUGGUGGGGCCCGAAGGGGUUGGUCUGAGUGAGCUGAAGAGGAGACUGCUAAUCUCUGACCCGGACCACUUUGGUGUCCCUGUUCCACACACCACCCGUGAGAAGAGGAAUCGGGAGGAAGAGGGCGUGGAGUAUCACUUUGUUUCAAGGCAGACUUUUGAAUUGAACAUAGUCAACCACAGGUUCAUUGAGUAUGGACACCACAGAGGGAACUAUUACGGCACCAGUCUGGACUCUGUCCGCAAGGUCACAGCCGAGGGCAAAGUGUGCUUACUGGAUGUGCAGCCCAAUACUAUACAUCGUUUACACACAGCCGAGUUUAAACCGUAUGUUCUGUUUGUGAAGCCGCCAUCGAUCGGGGAGCUACGUUUUAGCAGAAGGAAAGCUAAAUUCUUUGCAACGAAAGAGACAAAACCGACAAAGACAUUUAGGGAAGAGGACUUUGAGGAUAUGAUUGGCUCGGCCGAAGCCAUGGACAGCCAGUAUGGCCACCUGUUCGAGAGGGUCCUAGUCAAUGGCGACAUCGUCUCAGCGUUUAACGAGCUCAGGGCGGAGCUGAGAAGGCUGGAGACAGAGCAGCCUCAGUGGAUUCCAGUGGAGUGGGCCGGGCGCGCCGUACAAAACACUGAAACCCUGUGCUGAGCACCCUCCAAAACACGGACACACGCGCCACGAUUCACGCUGCUGGCAUGUUCCAGCUACUUUGGCGGUGGUGCAGUCAAGCGAGCACCAGUACAGACUAGCCUGGUUUGGCCCUAGUUUGAGUCAGAGCCAGAUAGACAUGCCCCCUGCCGCCCAAUGUUUUACAUGAACACAUAUAGCAAAGUAUGUUUAUGGAAAACAUUUAUGAGAGUGACAAAGUAAAGGCAACAAGCAACAACAUGAAGUAUGUUACCACGUGAGGUCCAAGCAUUUAUUAACCUUCCGAAGUAUUUAUAGGCUUUUCAAAUUAUGUGCAUGGAUGGAGCUUUACACUCAACGUUUGUUAUAGAGGACCAGUGGACCCUAAUGUUUCUGAGGCUAUCGAUGCCGUCAUAAUUAUAGCAACCCUGCAACAAAUGCUACCAAGAAACAUAUAGUUUAAGGAGAUGCCCAUGUGUCCUUUGCUUUUUGUUUAGGACCUAUGCAACAUUCAAUUCCUGGUUUGUUGACCAAUUCACCACUUAUUUUGAAAGUAGUGUUUCUUUAGCAUUCAGAUAGUAAAUUGUUUCUCAGAUGUAAAAAGUCAAGGGUCUGAAAUAAAUUUUAAAAAUCCCUGA